CCUCGCCCGGGUAGCCACGUUCGGUUGAGCUCCAAGUAGACCAGCGGCAGCGGCGGCGACGGCGGCGGUGCCGGAGGCGCUGAGGGAGGCGCAGGCGGAGCCGGGCGGGCGCGCGAGCGAGCCAGUGGGCAGCCGGGCCGGCGGGAGAGCGGCGGCGGCGGCGGCACCGGCACCCCAGGCCGAGCCGGCGCGGGAGGAGUUCCAGGGCGAUGGGGCCGCGGCCGGGGCUGACGCUUUGACAGCUGGAAAGAGCGCGGAGCCAGCGCCUGGGGGGGAGGGAGGGGAGCGCGGCGAGGAGAGCGCGAGCGAGUGAGCGAGCGAACGCCGGGGAGGGGGCCGGGAGCGAGGGGGCAGCUCGGGAGCAGCCGGAGCGGUAGCGGCGGCGGCGGCGGCGGCGAGGCUCGGCGCCCUCUUCUCUGCAAACCAUGUUUGCCAAAGGCAAAGGCUCGGCGGUGCCCUCGGACGGGCAGGCUCGGGAAAAGUUAGCUUUAUACGUCUACGAAUAUUUACUGCACGUAGGAGCACAGAAAUCUGCACAGACCUUCUUGUCGGAGAUUCGAUGGGAAAAAAACAUCACGUUGGGAGAACCGCCUGGAUUUUUGCACUCGUGGUGGUGCGUAUUUUGGGACCUUUACUGUGCAGCUCCUGAAAGGCGAGACACUUGUGAACAUUCAAGUGAAGCAAAAGCCUUUCAUGAUUACAGCGCAGCCGCCGCCCCGAGCCCCGUGCUUGGCAACAUUCCCCCCAACGAUGGGAUGCCGGGAGGCCCCAUCCCGCCAGGUUUCUUUCAGGGUCCUCCGGGGUCACAGCCCUCGCCGCACGCACAGCCUCCACCUCACAAUCCCAGCAGCAUGAUGGGACCCCACAGUCAGCCUUUUAUGUCACCGCGAUACGCAGGCGGCCCCCGGCCCCCGAUCAGAAUGGGAAACCAGCCUCCGGGAGGAGUUCCUGGGACACAGCCACUGCUGCCCAAUUCCAUGGAUCCCACGCGACAACAAGGGCACCCCAACAUGGGAGGAUCAAUGCAGAGAAUGAACCCUCCCCGAGGCAUGGGGCCCAUGGGGCCCGGCCCACAGACUGACGCUUGGUUAUCGUUGCAGAAUUACGGCAGCGGCAUGAGACCACCACCCAACUCCCUUGGCCCCGCCAUGCCCGGGAUUAACAUGGGCCCGGGAGCUGGCAGACCCUGGCCCAAUCCUAACAGUGCUAACUCAAUUCCAUAUUCCUCCUCAUCACCCGGCACCUACGUGGGACCCCCUGGUGGUGGCGGCCCCCCAGGAACACCCAUCAUGCCUAGUCCUGCAGAUUCAACAAAUUCCAGUGACAACAUCUACACAAUGAUUAACCCGGUGCCGCCUGGAGGCAGCCGGUCCAACAUACAAAGUGGUUGGACAUCUUUGGAGAGCUGGAAGCGAUUCCUACAGAUCCAAAAACCUGUGCACGUAAGCAAAAUUCUAAGCACUCUAUGUGCAGACUUGUUUUUUUUGUUUUGUUUUUUUGGCUGCUUUGGGUCUUUGUUGCUGCGUACGGGCUUUCUCUAGUUGCAGCAAGCAGGGGCUACUCUUCGUGGUGGUGCGCGGGCUUCUCCUUGCGGUGGCUCCUCUUGUUGCGCAGCAUGGGCUCUAGGCGCACAGGCUUCAGUAGUUGUGGCUUGCGGGCUCUAGAGCGCAGGCUCAGUAGUUGUGGCGCAUGGGCUUAGUUGCUCCGCAGCAUGUGGGAUCUUCCCAGACGGAUUGAACCCGUGUCCAGGGAAGUCCGUGCAGACGUGUUUGUGGAGAGGACAGUCUGGUGUUAACCACGUUGGACUGACACCAGGGCUUGAUAAGAGCAGAGCGGCACGUCAGUGCAUUUUCCAUUUGACCCUGUAUUCAGUUUUGCCACUACAUAAAAGGAAAGAAGGAUGCCCGAGAGCCUGCAGGCAAUUCAGGGAAGUAUUAGUGGAAAAGCAAGCGCCAUUUGCCCUGUUGGACCCCUGAAAGCAAGACGGGUCCCCAGCAGCUCUAAUGGACACCACCCCCGCCACAAAAAAAAAAAUCGGCCAGGCUCUUGCUUUGGCCAUGUCUUCUCACACUGGCAUGGUCUGGUCCAGAAACGUGGCCUCAGGAGGUACCACCAGUGUUCCCAUCAGUACACAGAGGAUAUAGGACUGAAUGAUCUUCCUUGAAUGGAUUAUCCAAGACAUCUACCCAAUGAAAGAAACUGCUAGCUUUUUGUACGUAAAACCUUUUUUAAAAUCUUAAAAAAAAAGGCAGAGCAAAAAUAUCCUAUUGUGAUACAGGACAGAAAAAAAGUCAGUUCUUAGAAACUAAAUAUAGGUAGUAUCUGUUUAAUCAGUCUUAUUGUAUUUAGGUUCUCUUUUGAAAAAAUCUUACGUGUGUGUUCAAUAAAUACACAGUAAUAUAGCCUACAACAUUUAAAUAUCCAGUAAAGAGUUAAAAUAAUUUACUGUGUCAGAAGACAGAAAUAUUAUAAAAGUGUUGUGUUUUUUCCACACGUCAUUUGUUUAACUAGUCCUCCUACUGUUUGCCCCUAUUAACUAGUUCAGCUGUUCUUUAAUUAAUAGCAUUUAAGUAACAGAAAAGUAAAUACAGAAUAAAGAAGUGGUGCUGGGACAACUGGAUAUCCACGUGCAGACGAAUGAAUUUGGACUGCUUCCUUACAACAUACACAAAAAUUAACUCAGUGUAGACCCUAGGCCUAAAUGUCAGAGCUAAAACUAUCAAACACUUAGAAGAAAAUGUAGGAGUAAAUCGUUGUGACCUGGGUUAGCAAAGCCUUCUUAGCUACAACACCAGAAGCACAAGUGACAAAAGAAAAAAGUAGCUGCACUAGACUUCAUUAAAAUUUAAAACUCGUGCUUCAAAGGACACUGUCAAGAAGGUAAAAAGACAACCCACAGAAAAUAUUUGCAAGUCAUAUGUCUGGUAAGGGACUUGAAUCCAGAAUAUGUAAAGAACUCUUAAAACUCAGUAAUAAAAAAACAAACCAACUUAAAAAUGGCCCAAGGGGACUUCCCUGGUGGUCCAGUGGUUAAGAAUCCAACUUGCAAUGCAGGGGAUGCCCGUUUGAUCCCUGGUUGGGGAACUAAGGUCCCACAUGCCACAAGGCAACUAAGCCCACACACCACAACUACAGAGCCCGCAUGCCGCGACUACAGAGCCCACACGCUCUGGACCCUGCGCCCCACAACUAGAGAGAAACCCACGUGCCACAACUAGAGAAGAGCCUGCGUACCACAACUAGAAGCCCACACGCCACGAUGGAAGAUCCACAUGCCGCAACUAAGACCCGACGCAGCCAAAAAAUAAAUUUAAAAGCAAAUGGGCCAAGGAUCUGAAUAGACAUUUCUCCAAAGGUGUGCAAAUAGCCAAUAAGCACAUGAAAAGAUGCUCAGCGUCAGUUAUUAGGGAAAAGCAAAUGAAAACUACAAUGAGAUACCACUUCACAUCCACUAGGAUGGCUAGAAUCAGACAGAUAAUGAGCGGUGUUGGCAAGGAUGGGAAGAAAUUGGAACCCUCACACGUAGCUGGUGGGAAUGUGGAACAUGAAGUGGUGCAGAUGCUGUGGAAGAGUCUGGCAGUUCUUCGAAAGGUUAAACAGUUACUCUGUGACCCUGCAAUUCCACUCAUAGGUAUCUACCCCAGAGAAAUGAAAGCAUGUCCACACAAUAAUUGUACACAGAUGUUCACAGGAGCGUUAGUCAUAAUAGCCAAAAAGUGGAAAUAACCUAAAUGCCCAUUGACUGAUGAAUGAGUAAUUAAAUGUGGUAUAUACAUACAGUGGAAUGUUACUUGGCCGUAAGAAGGAAUGAAGUACAUGACACAUGCUACAACAUGGAUGAACCUUGAAGACAUUUUGCUAAGUGAAAGAAGCCAGCCACAAAGGUCACAUAUAAUUCUGUUUGUAUGAAGUGUCUAGAAUAGCUAAAUCUGUAGAGACAGAGAAUAAAUUUGGUUGAGUGGGCCUGGGGAUUCAAGGGGGGGAUGGGGAGUGACUGCUAAUGGAGGCAGGUGAUGAAAACGUCCUAAAAUUGAUGGCGGUGGUGGUUGCACAACUCUAAAUACACUAACAACCACUGAAUUGCAUAGUUAAAUGGGUCAGUUGUAUGGUAUGUGAAUUAUAUCUCAAUAAAACUGUUAAAAAGAAUAACAAAAAUACACAUGAUAUGUAAUUUAAGAUACCUGUUUUUUAAAUAUAUAUGUUACAGUAAUAACGCAUGUGCAUAAUUGUUUAUUAUCACAUUUUGGGAUUCUUUUGGUCUGGUAUGACUGUGUCUGGGUUUGGCUCCUUAAAAAGUUGGUCACCCUCAUCCUCCUAUCACUUGGGUUCAUAAGCAUGAAAUUGGUGGCCAGAUGGCAAAAUGUGCCCGAAAGCCUGUGAGUGGCCCUGGGAGGCCACUGGGGAGGCAAGGAUCCUGCCCCCACGGGGUGUGUGAGUGGGCGGCGGGAUGAGGAAGCGGCUGGUGCCCCAGCCCCUCCCCUGCAGUCUCGUCACAUCAGUUCCUGCUCCGGCCACUCCGUGCUGCCACUUGCUAGGAGGCCUCUUACUUCUGCUCAGGCAGGACCCCUGCUGAGAACAAGGCCAUGGUCCAUCUCUGCUUGUCCAGAUUCUAUCCCUCAAUUAUUUUGGCGCUCUGCCUCCUCCUCCAUGCAGUCUGUUCUGAUUUCUCUGCCCUUUCCCCAGUGCCUUUUUUUUGAAGCUGCACCCGUGCUUUGUCUGCAGCUCUCUUUGGAUCUCGGCAUCCUGUGGGGAAGUUGGGUGUCCGUGGCUGUGCUCCUUCAGACUGAGGCCCAGGUGUGACUCAGCUCUGUGUCCUUACUGCCCAGCACAGGCCUCCAUUCUGCCACUUCUGUCCCCUGUCCACCCUGGCAUCCAGUCUGUAUCCCUGGGCCUUGGCUCUCCAGAGUGGGCUCAGCCAUCCCUUGGUGGCCAUGUAAUGUGACCUCUGGCCUUUGGUUGCUGCUUUGCUGAGAUGGGGGGGUUAGUUCCAGACAGACCUGAGGAGGCGGGUAGAGCGGAUUACACGUCUGGUGUCUGGUUUGUCUGCACCGUCAGUUCUGCUCAUUAGUGAGCUCCCCCACACAGUCCCAGCGAGAGAAGUCCUGCCACUCACGCCCCAGCUCCCCACACGUUUCUGAGGAAGAGCCUGGAGGAGGCUAGUGUGAUGGUUCCAGGGCCAGGCUGCCCGCGGCCCAGCCCCAGCUCCUCCAUCUCUCCUACCUGGGAGAUCGUGGGCAAAGCAUGGUCCACUCUGUGCUUCAGUUUCCUCAUCUGUAAAAUGGGGAGGAAAAGCACUAAUGUUUUUGUUGCCUGGCCUGGCAGUUGGUCACUCAGUCUGUGUGAGGUUCUCACUGGCGAGACCCGCACGCUGCCCCAGGGAUGGAAAGAGCCCGGGAUGGGAUCCAGCAGGCCUGGUUUGAGAGCUGUCUCUGGGUGGCCUUGGGCCAGUCCGUCUCUCUCUUCGGGUUUGUUUCCUCCCGUGGUGCAUAGGAGUGAGCCCUUCUGCCUUGCACAGUUCCUAGGGCCGAGGGGAGGCACCGGCUCCGGCCUCCUGGUGUCAUAAAUUAAAUGCCUGCGUGUGUGAGAGUGACCCCGCCAGAAUGGAAGCUCCCCGGGGAUGCAGCUGGGCGUGGGAGCCCCGCGAGGGCUGCGGCCGAGCCGAGGGCCCACUCAGCUGCCACGCU